UGAGGCUGGGAGCGGAGGAUGGGAGGAAGAGUGGAGUGAGAGCCAGGCUGCACAGCAAGGGCUGAGUGUGCGUAGCGGCAGUUGGAGCGAGAGUGCGCAAAGAAAGCGGAGUUCGCUGCAGGACUCAAACAUUACAGAAGCGUUUAACCCUACGACAGCAUUGCAGCGGAAACUUUAAACUUUUACCCGGCGCGGCUUGCCUUCUGUGCGGGAUACAGGCUUUGUUUCGCUGCAGGGUAGAAGAAAGGCAGGGAUACACAGUCGCGGAGAGCGGGGAAGCCCCGUGCGACUGUUUAAAGAAGGAACCACAGAAUGGCGGCCAACAUGUAUAGAGUCGGAGAUUAUGUCUACUUCGAGAACUCCUCCAGCAACCCUUACCUGAUCCGCCGAAUUGAGGAGCUCAACAAGACAGCCAAUGGCAACGUGGAGGCCAAGGUUGUGUGUUUGUUCCGGAGGAGAGACAUCUCUGGGAAUCUCAACACAUUGGCUGACAACAACGCAAGAGACUUCGAGGAGGAGUCAAAGCAGCCAGCGCUGUCUGAGUCACAGAAACACCAGCUGAAGCACAGAGAGCUCUUCCUGUCCCGGCAGUUUGAGUCCCUGCCUGCCACUCACAUACGGGGGAAGUGUAAUGUGACGCUUCUGAAUGAAACCGACCUGCUGACAGGAUACCUGGACAGGGAGGAUUCCUUCUACUACUCGCUGGUGUUCGACCCAGCCCAAAAGACCCUGCUGGCGGACCAGGGGGAGAUUCGAGUUGGCUCCAAGUACCAAGCCGAGAUCACUGAUAGGCUAGCAGAAGGGGAGACAGACAAUCGCAUGCAGGAGAAGCUGGAGACCAAGGUGUGGGAUCCAGACAACCAGCUGAAGGACCCGCAGAUCGACCAGUUCCUGGUUGUGGCAAGGGCUGUGGGCACAUUUGCGCGGGCGCUGGACUGCAGCAGCUCCAUCCGCCAACCCAGUCUGCACAUGAGCGCGGCUGCAGCCUCCAGAGACAUCACACUGUUCCACGCCAUGGACACGCUGCAGCGGUGCGGGUACGACCUGUCGCGGGCCGUGACCACGCUGGUGCCGCAGGGAGGUCCGGUUCUGUGCCGGGACGAGAUGGAGGAGUGGAGCGCCUCGGAGGCUGCGCUGUUCGAGGAGGCGCUGGAGAAGUACGGCAAGGACUUCAACGACAUCCGGCAGGACUUCCUGCCCUGGAAGUCUCUGGCCAACAUCGUCCAGUUCUACUACAUGUGGAAGACCACAGACCGCUACAUCCAGCAGAAAAGACUGAAGGCAGCUGAAGCAGACAGCAAGCUGAAGCAGGUUUACAUCCCAACUUACACCAAGCCCAACCCGAACCAGAUCCUGGUCCCGGGCGGGAAGACGGGCGUGAACGGGUCUGCAGGGUUCCAGAAGAGUCUGAGCUGUGAGAGCUGCCACACCGCCCAGUCCCCGCAGUGGUACGCCUGGGGACCCGCCCGCAUGCAGUGUCGGCUGUGCUCACCCUGCUGGAUCUACUGGAAGAAAUACGGAGGACUCAAGACCCCCACACAGCUAGAGGGCGCUGCACGAGCCAACUCCGAUGGAGCGUUGCGAGGUCACAUGACACGGCAGGAGGCGCAGGGCAUGUCCCCCUUCACCAGCGCCGCGGGUCGGGCCAAACUGCUGGCCAAGAACCGGCAGACCUUCAUCCUGCGGACGGCCAAGCAGAGCCGGCUGGCGCGCAGACUGUGCCAGGACAUCCUGCAGCCGCGCCGAGCCGCGCGCCGGCCCUACGCCCCCGUCAACGCCAACGCCGUCAAAGCCGAGUCCAUGAUCAGACUGGCCAAGAGUCCGAAGCCUCCUGUGAAGACGAAGACCACGCCCACUCCCCGCCCCGACCUGGCCUCCAUCGUCAAGGAACUGGCCCUUCAAGCUCCUCAUCAGCCCAAGGCUCAGAGGGGUGUCCCCACCCCCAUCAACCGUAACCAGGGAAACCAGCCCCGCAGCACCUCCAACCUGCUGGGCAAGAGGCCCUUCGACAGCGUGGUGGGGGUCCAGCUGGCCACCAAUGGCAAGCCUUUCACCUCAGGAAUGCAGACGACUUCACAGUCUGUAGUCAAGCGGCAGAAAGUCAACCAGGGAGACAACCCCAACCCUGUGGUGUUUGUGGCCACCAAAGACACCAGGGCUCUGAGGAAGGCACUCACACAGGCGCAGAUGAGAGGGGUGGCCAGGAAGCCACACCUCCCCCUCAAAGUGAAAGUGCCGCAGCCCCCCCGAGCAGCACCCCCCGUCCUGCCCCCCCACAGCAGCGAGCCCCCCGUCCUGACCCCCCACAGCAGUGAGCCCAUCGUCCUGGAGGACUGA